AAACAUUAGAUUCUGUCAUUUUGUACUAAGCUGAGCUCUGAGCGAGCAGAGCAAAAUGGCUGACGUAGGGAGGAAGCCAGAAUCAUAUUCACCUAAAUCGAGUCCUCGGGGAUCUCGAUCUCCUGUUGUACCUCGUCAGGAUUCAACUGGUACUCUUAAAACUACGAUAUCUUUGGGGAAAACUCCUGCUAUUGUUCAUAGUGGGCCAUUUUACCUUAUGAAAGAGCCUCCAAAAUCAGAAUUGACUGGAGCCUCCAAUUUGAUGUCAUUUUAUAAUCUUGAACAUUCCUACAACAAAUUUUGUGGUCGAAAAAUGAAAGAUCAACUAAGUGCUUUCCUUCCUAAUCUUCCUGGCAACAUUGAUGGACCAGGAAGCUUAGAUAAUAGUUCUCUGAAAUCUCUCAUUGAAAAACCUCCAAUAGGCGGCAAGGAGCUUCUGCCAUUAACUGGAUCGCAGUUGUCAGGUUUUCGUCUUCAUCCUGGUCCAUUACCAGAGCAAUACAGAUUAAUGAGCCAGCAACCACAAAAGAAAAAACAUAAACACAAAAAGCACAAACAUAAAGCAGGUGAUACUCCAACCCAAGAAUCUCAACAAGAUAUCAAUAUUGAUGGUCCACAUGAGAAAAAGCACAAGAAACAAAAGAGGCAUGAUGAGGAAAAAGAGAAGAAGAAAAAGAAAAAAGAAAAGAAGAAGAAAAAGCAAAUAAUGAUGGUAAAUAAGUAAAGAAAUAGGAAGUUAAGACAUCAGAAUUGAAGCAUGGACCUGAUGCUGUAUUGACUGGAAUGCCCAUUACCAGUGCUCCUAGCACAAUAUCCCACCCAAACUCAAUCCCAAAACCUAUAUGAGAAAUAUCACCUCACUUGUUUUUGCUCUGAUGUGUUUAUUAACUUUCAUGUGUUUGUUUUAAAAUGUGUAUAGUAAUGUAUUUUAUAAAUGUUUCAUCAAUGCACACAAUAAACAUGUGUAAAUAUAA